UUAGCUGCCAAUUGUAUAUUUCAUUGUCUUUGUGUCUGUACUGCGCACAAUGAGUAUAAAGUUGAAUCUAAUAUAAUAAACAUCUUUAGCUGUUGCUUUAGCCGAGAUGAGAGAGAGUGGGGCUGGGGGGUGAGGACAUAGAGAGCGCAUCUCAUGAUUCAUGUAAAUUGCGAUAGGCGUGCUUACGCAUAGAGGGGGUAAUUGGGUACUUCUCGGUGGCGUUGCCCUGCGCCUGAGACCCAUACUCGUCUGUUCAGGACCAAUGAGAACAAGUUGUUCGGAGUGAGUUAACGAGAGGAGAAUCGGAAAAUUCAGACGUACGGUAACGCUGCGCGUCCAAGUCACCACAGGAGGACACUGCCACAAUCGCGCAAUAUAGAACCAAUCAUUAUAGUCUGCAGUCGACUACAGGGCUGUUUAGGUUAUUUAUAGUUACAUUUAUUUAGCAAUUAUCUGGCGUUAAUUGCACAAUGACUGCAAACAUGGAAAGUAAAAUCACUGACUUCUCCGGAACAUGGAAAAUGAAAAGCUCCGAAAACUUUGAGGAGCUCUUAAAGGCUCUAGGAGUGAACGUAUUCCUUCGAAAAAUCGCUGUGGCAGCUGCAUCUCGCCCAGCAGUGGAAAUCACACAGCAGGGCGAGACUUUAUCCAUUCAGACAUCCACCAGUGUGCGUACCACCCACAUCUCCUUCACUGUGGGACAGUCUUUCAACGAGAACACUGUGGAUGGACGGCCAUGCACGAGUCUCCCCCGCUGGGAGACAGAGAGCAAGAUCGUCUGUGAGCAGACUCUCCAGAAGGGCGAUGGAGCCAAGACAGGUUGGACACGAGAACUGACCAACGAUGGAGAAUUAAUCCUGACAAUGAUUGCUGGGGAGGUGGUGUGCACCCGGGUGUAUGAAAAAGAGUGAAGAGUGGCCACCGUUUGACACUUUUUACGCUGUCCUUCGUGUAUGUUCAACUUUGUCAUUUUGACAAAUAUUGGUUAAUCAGUACAUAAUAAGUGUUUGUAUGUGGUGAGAGUCUUUCCUGUAUACUUUUGUAUUGUUUGUCAUUUAUGGAUGCAUGUGUACAUGUCAUUUUUUUAUUAGCAUGCAGGUAUGUCUUUUUUCAACCAAAAGCGUGUAUUUAUUCAGAAUGCUUGUGUGAGAAUGAAUUCCUAUCAAUAAACCCAAACCAGGAAGUUUUGUCUAAAA